CAAAGUGAGCUUGAGGCCAGCCUGAACUGCAUAGCAAGAAUCUGUCUCAAAAAGACAAAAAACAAGAAAAAGAACUUCUUACGUUUUAUAGCCUGUCUCUCUAACCCCUAUACUUGUAGAAACACUGCAGGAAUAGUUCUUACAGUAGUAGGUUUCAACCUCCAGUUUCCUGAUGAUUCAACCUGCUUAUUAAAACUAUUACUAGUCCUGAAGUACUUUUACAUUAUCCACAGUUAUAUGACUGCUUAAUGUAGAACAACAUAUGUCUUUUUGACUGUUAGAUUGUAUGACUAUGGGGAAUGCCUGUCAGAAGUUUAUGUUUUGAAAUACACAGAGGAGGAAUUGCUUUUCAAGAGAGUUUAUAUUGCUUGUAUUUUUUUGUUUGUUUGUUUGUUUUUUGCGACAGGGUCUUGCCAUGUAGUUCAGGCUGGCCUUGAACUUACAUACUGUGUAGCCCAUAGUACAUACUAUGUAGCAUAGAUAGCUGAUAGCUGUUACAUACUGUAGUUUAGAUACACAGUAUGUCCAUACUGUCUAGCCUUGAACUUGCAGUGAUCCUUCUGCCUCUGCCUCCCGAGUGGUGGGAUUAUAGGCAUGCACUACCAUGCCCAGCCUUGUAACUUGUAUUCAUAUAAGAAAGAACAAGUAGAAGUUGAAUAGUAGGUACUGCUGAUCAAAGAAAUCAAAAGAUUUAAGUCAUAUCUUGUGUGUCAGUGUAUUUACCAAAGAAAAUGUGUUUCAACUUAAGAAUUGGAAAAUUGGAUAUUUUAAUUAUAUAUUUUUAAUUUAUUUUUUAUAUAUAUUUUUUAAUUUAAAAAGAGUGUUCUCCCAUUAUUGAUUCUUGAUUUUUGUUGUUGUUCCACUACUAUUUUUGCCCUACCUGUUUUGGUUAGACACAGGGAAAUACCUGAUAAUUCCCAUAAUAUAUAAAGAGGUUUGCUCUUACAUAAGCUACAAAACGAAAAUAAGUCCAGCUGGAAAUCAUUUCACCAUUAUUGUUAUAAAUUUUUAAAUGGGUUUGUGAUGACAGUAUGAAUUUGUUUGCUAGAUGUUAAUGAAAUAUUUUACUAUUUGUACCAGAAAUUAAGUAUUAUUAUUUGAGGAUAAAUGGUGCAUCGUAUGGUACCAUAUGAUUUCUUUCUGAAUCAGGGCAUUUCUCCAUUUUCAGGUAUUACCACCCUGUAUUUUAAAAGUUUUACACUGUAAAUAUUUGACUUAAGAUAAAAUUAUUUUUAUGUAAAAGAUGUAGACUCUUAUUUUAGUGAAUCUUAGAAUGCACAGGAGGAUGAAUAAGUGGGCAGGUAAUUGGUAGACAGAGCUUUUUUCUUUUAAGUUUAUAAUGCUAAACACAGCCAAGGAAAUUAACAUCAAAAACCAAACCCAAGGACUUCCAGACAUAAAAAUAAAAUAAACUAGAUAUGGUAGUACAUGGCUGUAAUGCCAGGACGCAGGAGGCUGAGGCAGGAUCGUCAUGAGUUAGGCCAGCCUGGCCUGUAUAGUGAAUUCAAAAGCUAGCCUGAACUACAUAGUGAGACCCUUUAAAAAAAAAAAAAAAAAAAAUUUAGAGUUCUUACAUAGCUCAUUUUUAUGGUAACUGAUUAAUCAGUUUGUUUUUAUCCUACAUUUUGUUAUUACAUUAAAGCAGCUGGGAAGAACUGACAUUCAAUCCCCUAUAUUUCCACACUGAAAUAAGAUAAUUUCAUUUAGCAUUUAUGUCUGUUCCUUAGGAAAAGUAUGUGGUAGACAAGAAUUGUAUUUAUAGGCAGAUAAGAUGUCUAAACUCAUUUCUUAAGAACAAAGGAUAAUGGGGACAUCCAAAGGCCAUCCACAUACAGUUUUUCUUGAAUUAAAGGGAAAAAAGUUCAUGGACAAAGUGGGGUUGAACUGAGAAAGAGUACCCUGAAUACUAUGGAAAGGAAGAAAAAACAGUGGCAACAGAGAACUCUGCCUACUUCAGAGAUCUCUAGAGAACCCCUCUCCCCCUUUCCUGGGCCCCCUUCAGAAUGCUGGGUUUCAAAGAAUGAGCAUAUUAACGAAUAUCAGGAGUCCUAUGGCCUGGGGAGAAUAUAGGAUAAUUUGCCUGCAUUAAACUACUGGCUGACUCACUACAGGUCUUCUAUUUGGGUCAUCUCUGCAUGACCAUCAAAUUUAGCCAAGGAACAUUACAGUUGUGGCUGUUGAAAGAAAUUCCUAUACUAUCAAAGGCCAAGAGAGAAGCAGGAAUAGAAAGAAACAGCCUGAAGGCCAUAAGGUUCAGAGUUCGACAGCAUCUACCCAGGAAGGAACCAACGUAGAUCUGGAGAUAAUAAUACCCACCUCUCUAAAGGUGGCUUGUCAGAGAGCAGCUGCUGAUAGGCAUAGACCUGUGUUACCAGCUAAUUUAUUAGGACCAUGUUGGUGGCAGCAUCACUGGGAGACUCUACCACCAUCCUGUCUUUACAGAAAAAGCAAGUGGCCUUGGGGGAAGCUAAGAUAAAGUUUCAGAUUUGUGAUGCCCAAAAGUGGAAAAGGAGGCUCAGGCCAGUACCAAGACAUUCAUAUUCUGUGUUAAGGAUCUCCAUGCUGUUGGUAAUGCUUAUACCUAGCAUGUACUGCUUAGGACCAGGACAUUACUCUUCCUAUGAAAUAGUCAUCCCCAAGAGUCUGGCAGUCAAGGGAAGUGAAGCCCCAGGGGAAAAGAUAUCUUAUACGCUACUUAUGCAAGGCCAACAGCAGCUGGUUCACCUGAAGGUAAAGAGAGACUAUUUUGUGGAGGAUUUUCCAGUCUAUAGUUACCACAAUGGCAUCCUGGAGCAAGAAACACCUUCCAUCUCACAUGACUGUCACUAUGAAGGCCACAUAGAAGGAGCGCCGGGUUCAUUUGUGUCUGUCAAUACCUGUUCAGGUCUCAGGGGCAUCCUGAUCAAGGAGAACACAUCCUAUGGCAUUGAGCCCAUACUCUCUUCCAAACAGUUCGAACAUGCGUUAUACACCACGGCACAUCAAGCUCGAGUCUCCUGCAGUGUCUCUGCCAGAGACAGUCAAGCGGUGUCCACCAGCUGGCAGCAGGGGAGCAGGAAGCCUCCCAAUCUACAGGCCCUGUCCUACUUGUGGUCACACACCAAGUAUGUGGAGAUGUUUGUUGUGGUCAACAACCAGCGGUUCCAGAUGUGGGGCAGCGAUGUCAAGGAGACAGUGCAGAGAGUGGUGGGCAUCGUUGCUCUGGCCAACACCUUUACUCGAGGAAUAAACACAGAGGUGGUGCUGGCUGGGAUGGAGAUUUGGACCGAGGGGGAUCUGACAGAGGUCCCAGUGGACCUGCGAGUUACACUCAGGAACUUCAAUCGCUGGAGACAAGAGGAGCUCUUCCCUCGUGUGAGGCACGAUGUCGCCCACUUGAUCGUUGGGCAUCCUCCUGGCGAGACCUCGGGUCGGGCAUUUCUCAACGGAGCCUGUUCAAGUGGUUUUGCAGCGGCUGUCGAAGCUUUCCAUCACGAAGAUGCCCUCCUGUCUGCAGCGCUCAUGGCCCACCAGCUUGGGCACAACCUGGGCAUUCAGCAUGACCACUCAGACUGCGUUUGUAGAGAUAAGCACUUCUGCCUCAUGCAGGAAAGCAUCACUAAAGAAAGUGGCUUUAGCAACUGUAGCUCUGACUACUUCUACCAUUUCCUUCACGAACACAGAGGGGCCUGCCUAUUCAACAAGCGGAGGCACACAGGCCGCAGGCACAGGGACGCCAGUUGUGGGGAUGGUGUGGUGGAGGCUCCGGAGCAGUGUGACUGCGGUUCUGCUUGUGACAGUGACCCAUGCUGUGAACCAACGUGUACACUGAAGGAGCAUGCGCAGUGUGGUCAUGGACUCUGCUGCGACAACUGCAAUUUCAAAAAGGAGGGGGAUGUAUGUCGUUUUGCUUAUGACGACUGUGACCUCUCAGAAUACUGUGACGGUACUUCUGCAGAAUGUCCUGAAGACAGCUACAAGGAAAACGGCACACUGUGUAAUGGAAUUUACUAUUGCUUUGGGGGUCAGUGUAAGGACCCUGACAGACAGUGCAUGCGUCUGUUUGGGUAUCCUGCAAGAUCUGCCCCAGAGGGCUGUUACAUGUCAAUGAACAGUGAAGGGAACCGCUUUGGAAACUGUGGCCGUCCCACUAAGGCUAAUCCAGAAUAUAUUCGUUGUGGCAGGAAUAAUACAUUUUGUGGAAAACUUGUAUGUACAGACGUUGCAGUCCUGCCACCAAUGUUGUCGGAUUACACACUGAUCCAGGUUGCUCACGGGGAUGAUUGGUGCUGGAGCAUGGAUUCCCGUAACGCCACCGAAUAUGAUGUGGAAGAUGGUAGUUACUGUGCCCCAGAUAAAUUAUGUAUUGAUUACGUCUGCACUGAAUAUUCUGUGUCCCACCAAUACUGCGAUUCAGGGUCACUGUGUCAUGGGAAUGGCAUAUGCAACAAUCUAAGACACUGCCAUUGUGAUGACGGCUUUGCACCCCCUGAUUGUAUAUAUCCAGGAUAUGGGGGUAGUGUGGACAGUGGGCCUAUUGUUAAGUUACCUGAGAAAAAAUUUAGUACAAAUAUCACUGAUUUUACUAUUAGGGGUAGAGACAUGAGCUUGAAAGUGAUAGUACUCGUAGUCCCUUCAUUUUUUUUCUUUGUACUGUGUUCUCUACUUGUACUUAUUUAUCUCUGGUCUGAAGUAGAGGAUGUGCUGGCAUCAGAGAAGUCAGAGGAAUCAUUCAGUUCUUCUGAGAUCCCAUCAGAGGUGUCAGCUGAGGAGGACCUGCUACCUAAGGAGGCCCCGCCACCCAAAGAGGCCCCGCCACCCAAAGAGGCCCCGCCACCCAAGGAGGCCCUGCCACCCGAGGCGGCCCCGCCACUUGAAGAGGCCCUGCCACCUGAGGCAGCCCCUCCACCCAAGGCCCCCCCCUCACUACCACCCGAGGCCCCACCACCACCUGAGGCAGCAUCUCCACCCACAUAGGCUCUGCCUAAAGCUCCAGAAAAGCCUGCACCAAAAGAGGAAGCAAGUGAAGAGCAUGAAAACCCCGAGGCAGAAUUUUAAUGGAGGAUGAAGCCAAAUACAUUAAAAUGCCUUAGCGAACCAAUGUGAAGUAACAAUUUAUAUCUGCAGUGGCUUUGACUGGACUGUAUUACUAAUGGAAAGGAGGAGAUUAUCCCAUUUUUAAUAUACAUUGAAAUAUAGAUAACAAUAUAAAUUGGUUAUAUUUUCAUAUAUGAAAUGGUGCAUAAAAUAUUCUGUAUUUUUGCUGUUUUACUUUUCAUGAAACAAUUUUAUUUAAACUCUUUUCAUGGAUCAUUGCUGUCAAUGUUUUGUAUCAAUUUUCAAAUUGAUGUUCAGAGUAUGUUAUCAUCCAUCUGCAUUGUCUGAUACAAUGUAUUAUCUGUACUGACAUUGCUGUAACUGAGUUACUCAUCCCAAUUAUAACUGCUGUUUUGUUACCAGUGUUACUUGUGAUUUGAAUACACUAUUUGCUCUUGUCAGUUUCUGUUCAUGAAAUGUUAAUUUUUAAACAAUAAAAGGUUUUUCUUCCAGGUGAGGCAACAUUCCAGA